UGAUGAUGCGAGGCUCUUGCAGUCCAUCACUGGUACCCCCUCACUGCAGGACUAAGUCCAGCCUCUUUGCAGCAGGAUUGAUGCAUCCGGUGGCUUUUUGGUAAGCGGUACACAACGGGACAGCGAGGCUCCAGAUUUGGCCUAUGGGAAUACUCAACCUCUCACCAUAAAGAAUUUACACAAUAAUCAGAUUCUAAUUUAACGGAUACUCUUCGGACAUCAUCAACACCCAAAAAGAAGUACAUUCUCAGCAAUUGACCCCAGAUUCUUGUUCAACCAUCAUGUCAAGGAGAAAAGUGAGAGGCCUGACCCGCAUUGGCCGUCAGGUCAGCGAGGACCCAGACCUGGACAAUCUGUUGUCCACCCUCUCCCCUGAGGAGGUGGAGGAGCUGCAGGGCAUGAUUCAAGUGCCGGACCCAAACCAAGAGGACGGGAAGAUCAUUGUUCAAGGGGCAAGCCAGCCUGGGCAGCCUUCUGUGAGUAACAACGUCGGGGAUGCUAAACAAGACGGCAGAGGAGAGAGUGAUCCAAAAGGGAGGCUGAGUCAGAGGGAACAGUCAUUCGAGGGUGAGCCAAAGAAGGAGAGCCGUAAGCAGGAAUAUCUGAGGAAGAUGGGCCUGAGCCAGGAGGGGAACGACGACAUGAAAGUGGUGUUACCAAGACAAGCUAGUGUCUCAAGUGAAAGAGACACAAAGGUAGAAGACAGAAACAGCCAAGGUUCGAAUAGGUUGAAAGAAGAGGGAAGUCGACUUUCGGGGAGAUACAGGAAGCAGGACAGCAAGGAGAGGGACGUGAAAGAGGAGACCAAAGAAAAACUCGAGGACAAUAAGGCAAGAGACAGAAGAGAAAACAGAGAAAGUGCAGGUAGCAAAACAAAGGAUAUGAUCUCUAAGUUACAGGAAAGAAAAGACGACAGCAAAGAGAAGGAGAGGAGAGAAGACUGCAGGAGAAAAGACGACAGUAAAACCAAAGACAUUAUCUCAAAGCUGCGGGAAAAACAAGAAAAGGAAGUCACUAAGGAAAAGGAGAGAAAGUCUGAGAGUGUAAGGACACAAGGACUGGUUUCUAAGAUGUUGGAGAAGCAGAGCAAAGUGCAAGAACCCCCGGCUUCAGAGAGUAAAUCAGAAGAGAAAAACACAGAAGAGAAAAACAAGCCUGAUGUCAAAUUGCAAAGACAACCAUCCGGGCAAGGUGAGGUGCAGGAGAACGAUAAGGCAGAGAAAAGAACGGAUCGAGAAGAGCUGGUUAACCACAGUGACCACGUGAAAGAGAAAGAGAAGAAAGUAGAAAAGAAGCACGACAAAGAGGAGGGUACGGGAAAAGCUAAAAAAGCAGCAGAAACAGAAAAACUUGGCAACUGUGUGGCCAAAAACAGCCCAAACAGUAAGGCCAAAGAGGAAGAGGAAGAGGAGGAAGACUCAAGCAUGUUUGAUGAGCUGAUGGAGCAGGUCAGAAGCAAUGACCCAACCCUCGAUGAGCUUAACGUCAACAACUCUGAGGUCAUCAAGACCAAAACGCUUAUCGAGUUUGCGGAGGCUUUGCAUAAGAAUGACCACGUGAAGAAGUUCGCGUUGGCUAACUGCCGUGCCGAUGACCAUGUUGCGUAUGCCAUUGCAGGAACGCUUCGCGCCAACAAAACCAUCACUAGCAUCAACGUCGACUCAAACCACCUCACCGGCAAGGGCAUCCUGGCUCUAAUUCAGGCGCUGCAAUACAACUCCACGCUGACCGAGCUUCGCUUUCAAAACCAGCGGCACAUUUGUGGAGGGAAGACUGAGAUGGAGAUGACCAAGAUCCUGAAGGAGAACACGACCCUGCUCAAACUGGGCUACCACUUUGAGUUAGCAGGACCCAGGAUGACCACCACCAACAUACUGAGUCGCAACAUGGACCGGCAGAGGCAGAAGCGCCUGCAGGAGCAGAAGCAGGCUCAGGCCAACGGGGAGAAGAAAGGGGGGACACUGGACGUACCCAAGAUGGGUGGUGGAGGAGGAUCUCUGAGAAACUCGCCAAAAGCUUCCCCUAAACCUUCUCCCAUGCCUUCCCCCAUGCCUUCGCCUAAGCUGACUCCUAAGAAAGGAUCCGGAGGUUCAGUACCACCACCUCCUCCACCUCCUCCUGGCAUUGGACCUCCACCUCCACCGCCUCCCAUGCUGGAUGUAGACUCCCUGAGGAACUCUCUGACUCCCGUGUCGCAGAGAAAGCUGGAUGGGAAAAGCCCGGGCGGAAGUAAGAACUCAAGGGACCAACUGCUCGCCUCGAUCAGAGGAAGCCAUAUGAAACAACUGAAGAAGGUGCCGGUGCCAAAGUGGUUGCAGUAAUAUUUUCAGAUUGAAUGUAACAUGAAAAAUAAAAGAGAGGGAGAAGAGACAUCUCACCAAAGGUUUUCAAAGACUUAAACUCUACGGUCCCCUUAACUCAGCCAAAGAACAGAGCUGUGGGGCGUAUGGAGAGAGUGAGACAUAUGAUGCCCAUUGGGUAGAUGACUAGCCCUCACUAUGAGAUCUCCCUCAAACACUGGACCAAAAGGACUAUGCGGAGAAGGAGUGACGCAGGGCUCUCUGUAUUAGCCGUCUGCAGUGCUUGUGGUUGUUUGUCUUAAGAAUAUUAUUGACGCUUUGCUGGUUAUUUGCACUAGAUAAUAAGAAGCCAAUCAUAUAACAUGCUGGCUUGUGUAUGCGUCUGAAUGUCAGUGUGGUGGGUGUGUGCGAUGAGCUUAAUAAGAGGUUCAAAUAACUAUAAAAUUCUAAUAUACAAAAGUUUAUCAGUUAUAUAGUGGAUAUUAAUUUGACCAUUUAUUUAUUUGUGGAGAGCGAAUCCACUGUAUUCGUGUAAGUUGUAAAACUGCUCAAACUGGGAAUUCUGAAAUGGCAGAAAUAUCAGGGAACAACAAACUUGGCGGCCUGACUUAAGAAUAUUUAGGUAAGAAAAAAAAAGGUCAAGGUGGUCUUUGAAUGUGUGUCUCAUUGCCAAAUCUCAAACAUCUCAGGCAGGGAUUAAAGGAUUGGACAGCGGCCCAGUGGAGUCCUGGUACAUGACGACAGAAUUUUAGCAUGGAAAUAAUGACAUCAUGUAUUUCAACUGAAAAGUGCAAAUGGCUGACCUUCAAUGAGAAGUUUAAUUUUGUACAGACUCAUUCAAGCCAGUUUGUUUGAAUACCUUACAUAACCUGUAAUGUAACACAUCCACAUAUCUUAACCGUAGGGGGAUGUUAAAAAAACCCAUUACUGGCUUAUAUCAACCGCUCAUGCUUAAGGAAUUGAAUGUGAUAAAAACCAAAAAAUCCAGAUUGCCACUCACAUGUGUAUUGUGUAAUGAAGAUUUAUCUGUCAUAUCUGAUUACACAUGCCUUUCUUACAGAGCCUGUAUGUCUUCAAUAAAAGAUUCUGGUAUGUUUGCAAUGA